AUGACUGUCGCUCCCUCCACGCGCCGAAUCGCUGCUCCUGUGUUGCUCGGCUUUGGGAUGCGCGAUGGUGGGAGCAACAUCGCUGAUUGCGUUGCUGUUGCUGCCUUGCUGCGACUUGCUGAUGGGCGUGACGACGUCACCACCAACGGCUCCCACGCCGCCGAUAUCGUCGCACCGGCUUCCCACCAAGCAAAGUCCGUCAUAGCGGGUUCCGUUGCAGCGGGUUCCAUCGCAGCGGGUUCCGUCGCAGCGAGUUCCGUUGCAGCGGGUUCCGUCGCAGCGGGUUCCGUUGUAGCGGGUUAUGUCGCAGCGGUUCCCGUCACCGUGGCGUCAUGCUCGCAUCCGGCGGCGAUGUUAGCCCUUGGCGCCACCGCUACAGCCGGGCCCCUGGCGCCCCCGCUACAGCCGGGCCCCUGGCGCCCCCGCUACAGCCGGGCCCCUGGCGCCCCCGCUACAGCCGGGCCCCUGGCGCCCCCGCUACAGCCGGGCCCCUGGCGCCCCCGCUACAGCCGGGCCCCUGGCGCCCCCGCUACAGCCGGGCCCCUGGCGCCCCCGCUACAGCCGGGCCCCUGGCGCCCCCGCUACAGCCGGGCCCCUGGCGCCCCCGCUACAGCCGGGCCCCUGGCGCCCCCGCUACAGCCGGGCCCCUGGCGCCCCCGCUACAGCCGGGCCCCUGGCGCCCCCGCUACAGCCGGGCCCCUGGCGCCCCCGCUACAGCCGGGCCCCUGCCGCCCCCGCUACAGCCGGGCCCCUGCCGCCCCCGCUACAGCCGGGCCCCUGCCGCCCCCGCUACAGCCGGGCCCCUGCCGCCCCCGCUACAGCCGGGCCCCUGCCGCCCCCGCUACAGCCGGGCCCCUGCCGCCCCCGCUACAGCCGGGCCCCUGCCGCCCCCGCUACAGCCGGGCCCCUGCCGCCCCCGCUACAGCCGGGCCCCUGCCGCCCCCGCUACAGCCGGGCCCCUGCCGCCCCCCGCUACAGCCGGGCCCCUGCCGCCCCCGCUACAGCCUACAGCCGGGCCCCUGCCGCCCCCGCUACAGCCUACAGCCGGGCCCCUGCCGCCCCCGCUACAGCCUACAGCCGGGCCCCUGCCGCCCCCGCUACAGCCUACAGCCGGGCCCCUGCCGCCCCCGCUACAGCCGGGCCCCUGCCGCCCCCGCUACAGCCGGGCCCCUGCCGCCCCCGCUACAGCCGGGCCCCUGCCGCCCCCGCUACAGCCGGGCCCCUGCCGCCCCCGCUACAGCCGGGCCCCUGCCGCCCCCGCUACAGCCGGGCCCCUGCCGCCCCCGCUACAGCCGGGCCCCUGCCGCCCCCGCUACAGCCGGGCCCCUGCCGCCCCCGCUACAGCCGGGCCCCUGCCGCCCCCGCUACAGCCGGGCCCUGCCGCCCCCGCUACAGCCGGGCCCCUGCCGCCCCCGCUACAGCCGGGCCCCUGCCGCCCCCCGCUACAGCCGGGCCCCUGCCGCCCCCGCUACAGCCGGGCCCCCUGCCGCCCCCGCUACAGCCGGGCCCCUGCCGCCCCCGCUACAGCCGGGCCCCUGCCGCCCCCGCUACAGCCGGGCCCCUGCCGCCCCCGCUACAGCCGGGCCCCUGCCGCCCCCGCUACAGCCGGGCCCCUGCCGCCCCCGCUACAGCCGGGCCCCUGCCGCCCCCGCUACAGCCGGGCCCCUGCCGCCCCCGCUACAGCCGGGCCCCUGCCGCCCCCGCUACAGCCGGGCCCCUGCCGCCCCCGCUACAGCCGGGCCCCUGCCGCCCCCGCUACAGCCGGGCCCCUGCCGCCCCCGCUACAGCCGGGCCCCUGCCGCCCCCGCUACAGCCGGGCCCCUGCCGCCCCCGCUACAGCCGGGCCCCUGCCGCCCCCGCUACAGCCGGGCCCCUGCCGCCCCCCGCUACAGCCGGGCCCCUGCCGCCCCCGCUACAGCCGGGCCCCUGCCGCCCCCGCUACAGCCGGGCCCCUGCCGCCCCCGCUACAGCCGGGCCCCUGCCGCCCCCGCUACAGCCGGGCCCCUGCCGCCCCCGCUACAGCCGGGCCCCUGCCGCCCCCGCUACAGCCGGGCCCCUGCCGCCCCCGCUACAGCCGGGCCCCUGCCGCCCCCGCUACAGCCGGGCCCCUGCCGCCCCCGCUACAGCCGGGCCCCUGCCGCCCCCGCUACAGCCGGGCCCCUGCCGCCCCCGCUACAGCCGGGCCCCUGCCGCCCCCGCUACAGCCGGGCCCCUGCCGCCCCCGCUACAGCCGGGCCCCUGCCGCCCCCGCUACAGCCGGGCCCCUGCCGCCCCCGCUACAGCCGGGCCCCUGCCGCCCCCGCUACAGCCGGGCCCCUGCCGCCCCCGCUACAGCCGGGCCCCUGCCGCCCCCGCUACAGCCGGGCCCCUGCCGCCCCCGCUACAGCCGGGCCCCUGCCGCCCCCGCUACAGCCGGGCCCCUGCCGCCCCCGCUACAGCCGGGCCCCUGCCGCCCCCGCUACAGCCGGGCCCCUGCCGCCCCCGCUACAGCCGGGCCCCUGCCGCCCCCGCUACAGCCGGGCCCCUGCCGCCCCCGCUACAGCCGGGCCCCUGCCGCCCCCGCUACAGCCGGGCCCCUGCCGCCCCCGCUACAGCCGGGCCCCUGCCGCCCCCGCUACAGCCGGGCCCCUGCCGCCCCCGCUACAGCCGGGCCCCUGCCGCCCCCGCUACAGCCGGGCCCCUGCCGCCCCCGCUACAGCCGGGCCCCUGCCGCCCCCGCUACAGCCGGGCCCCUGCCGCCCCCGCUACAGCCGGGCCCCUGCCGCCCCCGCUACAGCCGGGCCCCUGCCGCCCCCGCUACAGCCGGGCCCCUGCCGCCCCCGCUACAGCCGGGCCCCUGCCGCCCCCCGCUACAGCCGGGCCCCUGCCGCCCCCGCUACAGCCGGGCCCCUGCCGCCCCCGCUACAGCCGGGCCCCUGCCGCCCCCGCUACAGCCGGGCCCCUGCCGCCCCCGCUACAGCCGGGCCCCUGCCGCCCCCGCUACAGCCGGGCCCCUGCCGCCCCCCGCUACAGCCGGGCCCCUGCCGCCCCCGCUACAGCCGGGCCCCUGCCGCCCCCGCUACAGCCGGGCCCCUGCCGCCCCCGCUACAGCCGGGCCCCUGCCGCCCCCGCUACAGCCGGGCCCCUGCCGCCCCCGCUACAGCCGGGCCCCUGCCGCCCCCGCUACAGCCGGGCCCCUGCCGCCCCCGCUACAGCCGGGCCCCUGCCGCCCCCGCUACAGCCGGGCCCCUGCCGCCCCCGCUACAGCCGGGCCCCUGCCGCCCCCGCUACAGCCGGGCCCCUGCCGCCCCCGCUACAGCCGGGCCCCUGCCGCCCCCGCUACAGCCGGGCCCCUGCCGCCCCCGCUACAGCCUACAGCGGGCCCCUGCCGCCCCCGCUACAGCCUACAGCCGGGCCCCUGCCGCCCCCGCUACAGCCUACAGCCGGGCCCCUGCCGCCCCCGCUACAGCCUACAGCCGGGCCCCUGCCGCCCCCGCUACAGCCUACAGCCGGGCCCCUGCCGCCCCCGCUACAGCCUACAGCCGGGCCCCUGCCGCCCCCGCUACAGCCUACAGCCGGGCCCCUGCCGCCCCCGCUACAGCCUACAGCCGGGCCCCUGCCGCCCCCGCUACAGCCUACAGCCGGGCCCCUGCCGCCCCCGCUACAGCCUACAGCCGGGCCCCUGCCGCCCCCGCUACAGCCUACAGCCGGGCCCCUGCCGCCCCCGCUACAGCCUACAGCCGGGCCCCUGCCGCCCCCGCUACAGCCUACAGCCGGGCCCCUGCCGCCCCCGCUACAGCCUACAGCCGGGCCCCUGCCGCCCCCGCUACAGCCUACAGCCGGGCCCCUGCCGCCCCCGCUACAGCCUACAGCCGGGCCCCUGCCGCCCCCGCUACAGCCUACAGCCGGGCCCCUGCCGCCCCCGCUACAGCCUACAGCCGGGCCCCUGCCGCCCCCGCUACAGCCUACAGCCGGGCCCCUGCCGCCCCGCUACAGCCUACAGCCGGGCCCCUGCCGCCCCCGCUACAGCCUACAGCCGGGCCCCUGCCGCCCCCGCUACAGCCUACAGCCGGGCCCCUGCCGCCCCCGCUACAGCCUACAGCCGGGCCCCUGCCGCCCCCGCUACAGCCUACAGCCGGGCCCCUGCCGCCCCCGCUACAGCCUACAGCCGGGCCCCUGCCGCCCCCGCUACAGCCUACAGCCGGGCCCCUGCCGCCCCCGCUACAGCCUACAGCCGGGCCCCUGCCGCCCCCGCUACAGCCUACAGCCGGGCCCCUGCCGCCCCCGCUACAGCCUACAGCCGGGCCCCUGCCGCCCCCGCUACAGCCUACAGCCGGGCCCCUGCCGCCCCCGCUACAGCCUACAGCCGGGCGCCUGCCGCCCCCGCUACAGCCUACAGCCGGGCGCCUGCCGCCCCCGCUACAGCCUACAGCCGGGCGCCUGCCGCCCCCGCUACAGCCUACAGCCGGGCGCCUGCCGCCCCCGCUACAGCCUACAGCCGGGCGCCUGCCGCCCCCGCUACAGCCUACAGCCGGGCGCCUGCCGCCCCCGCUACAGCCUACAGCCGGGCGCCUGCCGCCCCCGCUACAGCCUACAGCCGGGCGCCUGCCGCCCCCGCUACAGCCUACAGCCGGGCGCCUGCCGCCCCCGCUACAGCCUACAGCCGGGCGCCUGCCGCCCCCGCUACAGCCUACAGCCGGGCGCCUGCCGCCCCCGCUACAGCCUACAGCCGGGCGCCUGCCGCCCCCGCUACAGCCUACAGCCGGGCCCCUGCCGCCCCCGCUACAGCCUACAGCCGGGCCCCUGCCGCCCCCGCUACAGCCUACAGCCGGGCCCCUGCCGCCCCCGCUACAGCCUACAGCCGGGCCCCUGCCGCCCCCGCUACAGCCUACAGCCGGGCCCCUGCCGCCCCCGCUACAGCCUACAGCCGGGCCCCUGCCGCCCCCGCUACAGCCUACAGCCGGGCCCCUGCCGCCCCCGCUACAGCCUACAGCCGGGCCCCUGCCGCCCCCGCUACAGCCUACAGCCGGGCCCCUGCCGCCCCCGCUACAGCCUACAGCCGGGCCCCUGCCGCCCCCGCUACAGCCGGGCCCCUGCCGCCCCCGCUACAGCCUACAGCCGGGCCCCUGCCGCCCCCGCUACAGCCGGGCCCCUGCCGCCCCCGCUACAGCCUACAGCCGGGCCCCUGCCGCCCCCGCUACAGCCGGGCCCCUGCCGCCCCCGCUACAGCCUACAGCCGGGCCCCUGCCGCCCCCGCUACAGCCUACAGCCGGGCCCCUGCCGCCCCCGCUACAGCCUACAGCCGGGCCCCUGCCGCCCCCGCUACAGCCUACAGCCGGGCCCCUGCCGCCCCCGCUACAGCCGGGCCCCUGCCGCCCCCGCUACAGCCGGGCCCCUGCCGCCCCCGCUACAGCCGGGCCCCUGCCGCCCCCGCUACAGCCGGGCCCCUGCCGCCCCCGCUACAGCCUACAGCCGGGCCCCUGCCGCCCCCGCUACAGCCUACAGCCGGGCCCCUGCCGCCCCCGCUACAGCCUACAGCCGGGCCCCUGCCGCCCCCCGCUACAGCCUACAGCCGGGCCCCUGCCGCCCCCGCUACAGCCUACAGCCGGGCCCCUGCCGCCCCCGCUACAGCCUACAGCCGGGCCCCUGCCGCCCCCGCUACAGCCUACAGCCGGGCCCCUGCCGCCCCCGCUACAGCCUACAGCCGGGCCCCUGCCGCCCCCGCUACAGCCUACAGCCGGGCCCCUGCCGCCCCCGCUACAGCCUACAGCCGGGCGCCUGCCGCCCCCGCUACAGCCUACAGCCGGGCCCCUGCCGCCCCCGCUACUGCUGGGCCCCUGCCGCCCCCGCUACAGCCUACAGCCGGGCCCCUGCCGCCCCCGCUACAGCCGGGCCCCUGCCGCCCCCGCUACAGCCUACAGCCGGGCCCCUGCCGCCCCCGCUACAGCCGGGCCCCUGCCGCCCCCGCUACAGCCUACAGCCGGGCCCCUGCCGCCCCCGCUACAGCCGGGCCCCUGCCGCCCCCGCUACAGCCUACAGCCGGGCCCCUGCCGCCCCCGCUACAGCCGGGCCCCUGCCGCCCCCGCUACAGCCGGGCCCCUGCCGCCCCCGCUACAGCCGGGCCCCUGCCGCCCCCGCUACAGCCGGGCCCCUGCCGCCCCCGCUACAGCCGGGCCCCUGCCGCCCCCGCUACAGCCGGGCCCCUGCCGCCCCCGCUACAGCCGGGCCCCUGCCGCCCCCGCUACAGCCGGGCCCCUGCCGCCCCCGCUACAGCCGGGCCCCUGCCGCCCCUGGGCCCCCUGCCGCCCCGUACAGCCUACAGCCGGGCCCCUGCCGCCCCCGCUACAGCCUACAGCCGGGCCCCUGCCGCCCCCGCUACAGCCUACAGCCGGGCCCCUGCCGCCCCCGCUACAGCCUACAGCCGGGCCCCUGCCGCCCCCGCUACAGCCGGGCCCCUGCCGCCCCCGCUACCGCCGGGCCCCUGCCGCCCCCGCUACAGCCGGGCCCCUGCCGCCCCCGCUACAGCCGGCCCCCUGCCGCCCCCGCUACAGCCCGGCCCCUGCCGCCCCCGCUACAGCCGGCCCCCUGCCGCCCCCGCUACAGCCGGCCCCCUGCCGCCCCCGCUACAGCCGGCCCCAUGCCGCCCCCGCUACAGCCGGCCCCUUGCCGCCCCCGCUACAGCCGGCCCCUUGCCGCCAUUACUACAACUAG